ACUGACUGAUCUGCUGUCAGCUCGCUGCACUGCCGCGUCUCUCAUUUUCACCAUCAUCGACAGACACAGAAGAGCCGUCUUCAUACCUGACGCUUUUGCUUUGGUUCAAGUUACAACGGUUGACAGUUGAAGUAUGUCUUGGCUGGGAUUUUCUAAAUUGUGGCUGCUGUGUUUUGCAGCCGCAUGUGUGUCAGGGAUUAGAAGGGAGUAUUUCUUCAGAAUUGAGGAAGUCUCCUGGAACUACGCCCCCAGUGGAAUGAACGUCAUUCAGAACCGUACUGUGGAGGAGGAUGAGGAAGCAUCCGUUUAUCUGAAGAGAGGCCCUCAGCGGAUUGGCUCCAUCUAUAAGAAGGCUGUGUACAAGGAGUACACUGACGCCACCUACAGGACAGAAAAGGUGAAGCCGGACUGGCUGGGCUACCUGGGGCCUGAGAUCCAGGCCGAAGAAGGAGACACGGUGGUCGUUCUCCUGAGGAACAGUGCAUCCAGGCCUUACAGUCUUCAUCCACAUGGAAUGAACUACAGCAAGAGCAACGAGGGAGCGUUGUAUCCUGAUGGAACUGGUCCAGAGGACAAGCGUGAUGACUCGGUAGCUCCUGGUGGAACAGUGUUGUACGAGUGGACGCUGUCUGAGCAGCACAGCCCAAUACAAGCAGACAGCAACUGCUUGACCAGGUUCUACCAUUCCCAUGUUUCUCCUCCAAAAGACAUAGACUCAGGACUCAUAGGACCCCUCCUCAUCUGUAAGAAAGGAACCUUGGGUUUACAUGGUGACAAAGCAGCAGAAAACCACUACUCUCUGCUGUUCAUGGUGUCAGAUGAGAACUUCAGUUGGUACCUGGAUGAAAACAUCAGGACAUACAUUCCAAAACCCGACCCAAAUCUGAAGGAAGAUGAAGAUUUUAUUGAGAGCAACAAGAUGCACAGUAUAAAUGGCUAUGUGUAUGGUAACCUGCCUGGAAUAAGCAUGUGUCAAGGCAACACUGUCCACUGGCACAUGUUUGGCAUGGGUAAUGAGGUGGACAUCCACUCGGUUCAUUUCCACGGUCAGAUCCUGACCACUCAGAACCGCCACACAGACACAGUCAGCCUGUCGCCAGGCCUAAGCACUACAGCCGAAAUGGUAGCCGACAACCCUGGUCAUUGGCUACUGACAUGCACAGUCAACGACCAUCUGAUGGCUGGAAUGCAGGCUUUAUUUGAGAUUAAGAAAUGUUUCCCAAACGUCCACAAACCCAGACCACAUGGUGAACUCAGACAGUUCUUCAUUGCUGCUGAAGAGGAAGUGUGGGACUACGCUCCCAUACCGCCUACCGAGAGUGAAGCAGAAAAGUUUGUCACCAAGGGUUCAAACCGCAUUGGAAGUCGUUAUAAGAAAGUUCGCUACGUGGAAUACACUGACAACUCCUUCCUCACGAAGAUGCUACGCAGCCCAGAGGAGCAACAUCUGGGAAUUCUGGGCCCAGUGCUGCGAGCUGAAGAGAAAGACACGAUCAACGUUGUAUUUAAAAACAAAGCCAGCCGUCCUUACUCUAUCCAACCACAUGGUGUCCAGUAUAGCAUUGAGCAGGAUGGGACGCUUUACUACAAUGAAUUGGAAGAAACAUAUACUGCAAAGAAACUGCGAGAGCUAAAAAAAGAACCAAGAUUGGUCACUCCUCCGCCAGCUGCUUUGGUCAGACCGGGGACAGUCUACACCUACGAGUGGACAGUUCCUGUAGGUGCUGGUCCAGUUCAGGGGGAGGGAGACUGUCUCACCUAUCUGUACUACUCUGGAGUUGAUCCUGUAAAGGACACCAGCUCUGGACUUGUGGGACCUCUUCUCAUCUGCAGACAAGGUUCGCUGAAAAAAGGAGUCCAGAAAAACUAUAACAAAGAGUUCCACCUCAUGGCCACGGUGUUUGAUGAGAACCUGAGCUGGUAUCUGGACGACAACAUCCGAGCCUUCACCACUGCUCCUGCCACUGUCAAAAAGGAGGACGAGGGCUUCAUGGAGAGCAACAAAAUGCAUUCACUAAACGGGUUUGUGUAUAGAAACCUCCCAGGUCUGACCAUGUGUAAGGGGGAUAAAGUAACGUGGCACCUGUCAGGACUGGGGUCGGAGGUAGACAUCAACAGUCUGUACUUUGAGGGAAAUCGUUUCAUCUAUCUGCAGAACAGACGAGACUCCAUCAGUGUUUUCCCUCACAUCUCUCACACCGUCACCAUGGAGCCAGACAGCAUGGGUCACUUCGAGGUGGUGUCUCCUACAGUGAACAACUAUAAUGGUGGGAUGAGAGCAAACUACACGGUACAGAAGUGUAGCAUUUUACAGCGUCAGGGUGAAACCAUGCUCCACUCAAAAACCUACUACAUCGCUGCCAUGGAACUAGACUGGGACUACUCUCCGAACCGCACCUGGGAGGCUGAGAUGUACAUCAACCACAUCAACCCUGCUCCUACGUUCCUAAACCAGCAGGGUGGAUUCAUAGGCUCUCGUUACAAGAAGGUGGUGUACCGUCAGUUUACCAAUGACAAGUUCACUAAACAGGUGGAGAGAACUGCUGACAUGGAACACCUUGGAGUCAUGGGUCCGAUGAUUCAUGCUGAUGUCGGAGACAAAGUCAAGGUGGUUUUUAAGAACAUGGCCUCCAGACCUUACUCCAUUCACGCACAUGGUGUCAAAACAGAAACGCCAGAUAUUCACAAGACUCCACCAGGUGAAACUCACACAUACUAUUGGUACGUAACAAAGAACACCGGCCCGACCCUAGAGCAGGAGCAGUGUUCAGUUUCAGCAUACUACUCUACUGCUGAUGUUGUAAAGGACCUGUACAGUGGAUUGAUUGGUCCGUUGGUGAUUUGCCGUCGUAGUUGGGGCAGGAGCUUAGGGCUGAAGAAGGAAAUUGAGGAGUUUGCUCUGCUUUUCCUGGUUUUUGAUGAGAAUGAAAGCUGGUAUUUGGACGACAACAUCAGGACCCACAUCAGAAACCCUCGCACUAAUUUGAAAGAUGAUGAAACCUUCAUAGAGAGCAACAAAAUGCAUGCCAUUAAUGGUUAUGUGUACAGUAAUAUAAAAGGCCUGAACAUGGAGGUGGGAGAUAAGGUGUACUGGUACCUAAUGGGAAUGGGCAACGACAUAGACAUGCACACUGUCCACUGGCACGGACACAGUGUGGAGUAUAAGCUUGGUGGAGGAGCCCAUAAAACAGAUGUGUAUGACUUGUUUCCGGCCAGUUUCCAGACAGUGAAGAUGCGUCCUGAGGUCCCUGGCACAUGGCUGCUUCACUGUCACGUCACCGAUCACAUCAAGGCUGGCAUGGAGGCCAUGUACACGGUCACAGAGAAAGCAAAGAAAAAAGGGUUUUUUGGCUGAAUUGUUGAGGAAAAACAAGUUCUCAGUGUGAGUGGCUAAAAUGUUUUUACAUUCUGGAUCCAAACUGUCAGCAUCUCUACAACGGCAUUGUAGAAUAUUUUUUCAUACAAUUACAAAUAAAGUAAAAAUAAAAACAUCAAA